UGCGCAAGAGGCGGUGCACUGCGCAUGCGGGAAGAUGGCGGGCUCGGCGUCUUGAUCGCCGCGGGUCGCCGUGCUUCCCUCGCGCGGGCGGCGGGAGCUCUCGGGCUUACGAGGCGGCGGCCAAGGCAGCCUCGCCAAGCUGCCCCCGCUCUCCUCCGAGCCGACUGCGGACCCGCUGCGUGCGGGGUACCCAGGCCCUGGCGCUCGAGGCGGCGGAAGGCGGGAGAGCCCGCGGGGCGCGAGGAGCGCGGGGCGGCCGGCGUCAUGAGCCAGCAGCGGCCGGCGCGGAGACUGCCCAGCCUCCUGGUGGACCCGGCGGAGGAGACGGUGCGCCGCCGCUGCCGGGACCCCAUCAACGUGGAGAGCCUGCUGCCAUCAAAAAUCAGGAUUAAUUUAGAAGAUAAUGUGCAGUAUGUGUCCAUGAGAAAAGCUCUAAAAGUGAAGAGGCCACGUUUCGAUGUAUCACUGGUGUAUUUAACUCGGAGGUUCAUGGAUCUUGUCAGAUCUGCUCCUGGGGGCAUCCUGGAUUUAAACAGGGUGGCAACCAAGCUGGGUGUGCGCAAGCGCAGAGUAUACGACAUCACCAACGUCCUGGAUGGCAUCGCCCUGGUGGAGAAGAAAUCCAAGAACCACAUCCGGUGGAUAGGAUCCGACCUGAACAGCUUCUCAGCAGUGCCCCAGCAGAAGCAGCUGCAGCAGGAGCUGUCCGACCUGUCUGCGAUGGAGGAUGCUCUGGAUGAGUUGAUUAAGGACUGUGCUCAGCAGCUGUUUGAGUUAACAGAUGACAAAGAGAAUGAAAGGCUGGCCUAUGUCACGUACCAGGACAUCCACAGCAUCCGGGCCUUCCACGAGCAGAUCGUCAUCGCAGUGAAGGCCCCGGAGGAGACCAGGCUGGACGUCCCUGCGCCCAGAGAGGACUCCAUCACCGUGCACAUCCGGAGCACCAAGGGGCCCAUCGACGUGUACCUGUGUGAGGUGGAGCAGAGCCGCCCGGCCGCCAGCACACACCCCGCACGUCCCGAGAAAGAGGAGCCACCGCAGCAGACUGAAGAGAUGCUGGAGGUGAGCAACUGAUGCUACCAGAGCCGCCAGCAGGGUGGACUCAGCCCUGAGGAGCGGUGACCCCCGAGGAGUGGCAGCAGUCGGGCCGGUAGCGCUUCAAGUAGCUCCCUCCUUAGGUGCCCGGAUGGUGGUGGUCUGUGCUCGGAAAACAGCUCUGUCACGACUCCGACUCGCUGCCCUGUCAGAGCCUCGGGGAGACAGUGGGCAGGCAGGGCCUCCCGGCUCCCGUUGCAGACGCAUGACCAGUUGCCUUAUGCUGGGUCACACCGGCAGCUCACAGGUGCACGGGCCGUGUGCACACAGAUCCAUGCGGUGUCUGUACAUACCUGUAUCAUGUUUAGCUCCCUGUGAAAUACAUCCCGUGACCCCCGCACCUUGCACGAGAUCAUGUACUGUGGACAGUGGCCGAUGGGCGCUGAGCCCUCGGUUCUCUAACUUAUUAGACUCCUGGGUGAGGUCAGAGGAGAGCUCUCCAUGGGUCUGCCCAUACAAGGACCACAGCACGCAGUGUCGCCCUCAGCUCCCAGUGUGCACGGGCUGUGGGCCCCACGCACGAAUGCCAUCCGUGACGGCUGACCGAGUCAUGGUGACGUUGCAGCCUGGGCCAAGCUUUCUGCAUGCAGAGGCAUCAGGAGCUUGUGUGUGGCCCUCCCCUCUCGGGGCUCUUGUUCCCCUCCCCCAGCGCUGGUCCUCUCCCCAAGCACCUCACGCUC